GAGCUUUUCUUACUAUAGUUAAAACUGUAGCACCUACUAGAGAUUUUCGGUUAUACAUGGGCCAUUCAUUCAUUCAUUCCUGCCUUCAACUGCCCAACCAGCUUUAUUUUAUAUGUAGUCUGAAAUUCUAAACUAAGGAUGCCUCUUAAAAAGCCCCUGCCGCAGCAGCAGCAUACAGAUGAUUAUGUGGAGGAAAGUGCCACUGCAGACUCUGGGGAAGUCGACUUUCAGUUUGAAGUUAGCUCCAGUAUGUCUGCUGAGCCUAAUCUGGCCUCUUUGGCCAAGGCGUUUAAGACAUUCAUACAAAUUCAAAUGGAGAGAGAUAAAAGACAGGAAAAGAAGGCCGCCAAGCAGGAGGAGAAACUGGGCGUACUGUCGCGUCAGGUCAUGCAGCUUCAAAUGGACCUUGAAGCCAUCAGAGCUGGUCAGCCACCACGAGUUCCAGCCGGAGAACCCACGUUACAAAGGUUAGAAGAGUCUGACAACAUUGAACAUUACCUUUCCACCUUUGAAAGACUGGCAGAGGUCUAUAACUGGCCACGGCAACAGUGGGCUGUCCGACUAAUUCCACUGCUGACAGGGAAGGCGUUAACCGCUGUUCUGGCCAUGGACCCAGCAUACACGAAAGACUAUUACCUGCUGCAGACUGUUAUCCUGAAAAAGUAUGAGAUUAACAGAAAUACUUACCGCCAGAGGUUCCGAUCUUACAAGACACCUUCUAAAGAAUCCCCCCAAGAAUUAUAUGCACGUCUGAAGCAUUUGUUUUGCAAGUGGGUGGCUUAUGACACCUGCACAAAAGAAGACAUUAUGGAGAAGAUGGUCCUUGAGCAAUAUCUUAAAGUGCUGUUCCCAAAGGUGAAGGCUUGGGUCAAAAGACACAACCCAAAGACUGCUAAGGAGGCUGCUGACCUGGUUGAUGCCUACAUGAUUGGUCACAAGGGACCAAGGGUUAACUGCUAUGCUGGCCUGCUCAGACCAACACGGGACUCUAGUCAAAAUGACUCCCUUAGUGACCAGGAGGAUCAAAGACCCGGGUUCUCGAUGCCCUCCAUAUCAUCAUCAUCAUCAUCCUUUGAUACCCAGGACAAUGACGCCCCCUCGCAGGCCUCCUCCAAGUUCGCUAUGUACAACAGUGUGUCACAGAAGCUCAUGGCCAAAAUGGGCUUCAGAGAGGGCGAGGGUUUGGGUAAGUUUAACCAAGGACGCAAGGAGAUCGUGGAGGCUUCUACUCAGCGAGGGAGAAGAGGUCUGGGUCUCACGCUGCAGGGUUUCCAGGGAGAACUUAAUGUUGACUGGCGCGAUGAACCCGAGCCCAGUGCUGUCGAGAAGGUUGAUUGGUUCCCAGAAUGCACCACAGAGAUCCCAGACGCUGAUGAGCUUAGCGACUGGAUGAUCCAGGGACCGAGAAAACUUAAAAUUGAGGAUGAGACUGAGUUUUGCACAGAAGAUCUUUUGCACACUCUUCUACGAUGCAAAUCAGUAUUUGAUGACCUGGAGGGCGAGGAGAUGAGGAGAGCGCGGACACGCUCCAACCCUUAUGAGACUAUUAGAGGAGGUAUCUUUCUCAACAGAGCAGCUAUGAAAAUGGCCAACUUGGACUACUGUUUUGACCAUAUGUUCACCAACCCAAAGGAUUCCCAAGGGAGACCUCUGACGAAGGACCGCGAGGGCGAGCUUCUUUACUUUGGCGAUGUGUGCGCAGGACCUGGAGGCUUUUCAGAAUAUGUGCUGUGGAGAAGACGCUGGCAUGCCAAGGGCUUUGGCAUGACGCUGAAAGGACCCUGCGACUUCAAGCUGGAAGAUUUUUAUGCAGCACCGAGCGAGCUGUUCGAGCCUUAUUACGGUGAGGGAGGUGUGGAUGGUGACGGUGACAUCACUCGGCCUGAAAAUGUGACUGCCUUCCGAAACUUUGUCAUGGAGAGCACGGAGAGGAGAGGGCUUCAUUUCCUCAUGGCAGAUGGGGGCUUCUCCGUAGAAGGCCAAGAGAACCUCCAGGAGAUCCUGAGCAAACAGCUGCUGCUUUGUCAAUUCCUCACUGCAAUUUCUACACUCAGGACGGGUGGCCAUUUUGUCUGUAAGACUUUUGACCUCUUCACUCCCUUCAGCGUGGGUUUGGUGUACCUGCUCUACCUCUGCUUCGAGAGGAUCUCGCUCUUCAAACCUGUCACCAGCAGGCCUGCAAACUCUGAGAGGUACAUUGUGUGCCGUGGCCUGAAACCCGGCUCAGACGCAGUCAGGGAAUACAUGUUCAGAGUCAACCUGAAGCUGAACCAGCUGAGGAACACGGACAGAGACGUUACAGAGGUGGUUCCGCUGAAUAUCAUCAAGGAUGACACUGACUUCUACCAGUUUAUGGUGAACUCCAAUGAGAGCCUUUGUGCAGUCCAGAUCAAGGCCUUGGCUAAGAUCCACGCUUUUGUUGUAGACUCGAAUCUCUCGGAGCCAAGGCAAGCUGACAUCAGGAAGGAGUGUUUGAAGCUCUGGGCAGUCCCAGACAAGGCCAGAGUCGCUCCUACUUCGUCAGACCCAAAGUCAAAAUUCUAUGAGCUGAUUAAGAGCUCAGACGUGGAGUCGUUCCAGUGUAAGCCGACUUCUCUCAACUCCACCACACUCGAAAAGUUGCGCCAUGUCCUGGACUACAGGUGCAUUGUGGGAGGUGGAGAGCAGAUCUUUCUUCUAGCGCUGGGGAAGUCUCAGAUUUACACCUGGGAUGGAAAAAUGCCUGUGCGCUGGAGGAAAAUGGAGAAUUUCAAGCUGGAGCUGCCAAGAGAUACACUUCUAAGUGUAGAGAUUGUCCAAGAACUAAAGGGCGAGGGCAAAGCUCAGCGCAGAAUCAACGCAGUUCAUGUAAUGGAUGCACUAAUACUGAACGGCACUGAUGUAAGAGAUCAGCACUUCAACCAGCGGAUCCAGAUGGCUGACAAGUUUGUGAAGGCGGUGGCUAAACCCAGCAGACCAGACAUGAACCCCAUCAGAGUGAAGGAAGUUUACAGGCUGGAAGAAAUGGAGAAAAUCUUUGUCAGACUAGAGAUGAAAGUGACAAAGAGCUCAGGAGGUGUCCCGCGUCUGUCCUACACAGGAAGAGAUGACAGACACUUCCUUCCCACGGGCCUCUACAUCAUCAAGACUGUCAAUGAGCCGUGGACAAUGGCGUACAGCAAAAACUCCAAGAUGAAGUUCUUUUAUAAUAAAACAACCAAGGAGUCGACCUAUGCAAUGCCACCGAACUCUGCUGCUCCUUUCCACGUAUGCCACUCCGAGCGGCUCUUCUGGGCCUGGGUGGAUGGGGUUAUAGUUCAUGAUUCUCAGACCAGAGUGGACCCUGAGAAACUGUCCAAAGAUGACGUGCUGUACUUCAUACACCAGCAUUACCAGCCCUGAAAGACUCCCAGUCACAGGGCUUCGUCAGCUGCAGACUGUAUGCAGAGUGCGCUGGGUUGUGAAGCCUUGGCAAAGAGUACAAUGCAGUUCACUAAUCGUCAUUUCAUUUAACAAUCAAAGGACGGUUAUUAAAAUGACUUUACAGCUGAUUGUUUUUAUGAAUCCGUUGCUUACUGUCCCAUUAAAUAUCAAUAAACUGCUUUAUGACCCUUUGGAAGGUACCUCCAUGUUAUCUUGUUAUCAGGUUGGAGUUGUUUGCUGCUGUUUUUAGCAAUGGCAUGUCCUCGUAAAACUGAUGUUUGACAGACCAGUCUAUUUUUCAGUCUUUUCCACUUCCUCUGACUCAACCUUUGAUUUUGAAUUGUAAUGAGUAGCAUUGCCUUAUAGGACAACAUGGAGACAAAGGUGUUUGCUAUGCCCUAUAGAUUCAGUUUCUCCAGUUCCUCCUCAAUGCCACUCUUGUUUUUGUGCACACUGCAUUAGCAGUGAUAGAUAGGGUCACAAGGUUAAACUAUGAAUCCACAUCUGUAAUUAUUCUUUCUUCUCACUGCUGGAAGCAUGACUGGUCUUCUAAAGAAAACACAAGAGUCUGUUUGCCUCAUCUUUACACUAACAGUGUCGCGGUGCUUUCCCUUGAAAAACUGUGUAGCAUGUAAAUCACCCUUUAAGUCGUUCUCACAGUCAUUUCAACGUGCAUUCAGAGAUGGAGCAGCUCUCUCCUUUCCACACUUCUCUGUCAUCUAGACUGUGGGAGUGAAGUUUGGGAAGUGUCCCCUUUAGUUUUUAGGUUGUUUGUACCCCACCUGCUCUUUAAAAUUGUGCCUCCAUAUCUUCUAGUUGUGUGUCUGGUUUUUGUUUUUGUUUUUUUAAUGCUGCAAAUGAGUUAUUUUUCUGGUGUAAAUUUAGCUUUCAAUCUCUUUGAUGUAAAUAUUAAUAAGUAAAUAAAUGGGAGACGCUGUUCCCACAAUAUA